GACACGGAAGUGGCCUGCUGUUGCAAGAGGGACGGGCCAGGCAGAUGCCAACAUGGCAGCGGUUGGAUCUGGCGGUUCCACCGCGGCUACCGGGCCAGGGGCGGUCUCCACGGGGGCGUUGGAACCUGGGACCGUGAGUGCGGCUCACCGGCGCCUCAAAUAUAUAUCCCUGGCCGUGCUGGUGGUCCAGAAUGCCUCCCUCAUCCUCAGCAUCCGCUACACCCGCACACUACCUGGGGACCGUUUCUUUGCCACUACUGCUGUGGUCAUGGCCGAGGUGCUCAAAGGUCUCACCUGCCUGCUGCUGCUCUUCGCACAGAAGAGGGGUAACGUGAAGCACCUGGUCCUUUUCCUCCACGAGGCUGUCCUGGUGCAAUAUGUGGACACAUUCAAGCUUGCAGUGCCCUCUCUCAUCUACACCUUGCAGAAUAACCUCCAGUAUGUUGCCAUCUCCAACCUGCCAGCUGCCACUUUCCAGCCUUCCCCGAGGUGCAGCCAAAGCCAUAGCUUCCACUUCCACCUCUGCCUCCGGGCCCUGCACUCACCAGCAGCCUCCUGGGCAGCCACCACCACCGCAGCUACCUUCCCACCGAGGAGACCUCAGCACGGAGCCCUUUCUGCCAAAGUCAGUGCUGGUGAAGUGAGGGCUGGCAGCAGCUCGGGGAGACAGGGAGGGGGACUGGGUGGAGGGUGUUGGGCAUCUCGCAGGACCCAUCUGCCACUGGGGCCUGGCUCCUCUGGGGUUGGAAAUCUUUUUCUCCCAGGUCAUUGAGACAAACACAGGGGCGUGGGGCUGGGCAGGCAUUACACGAAACCUUCCUUGUCCACUGACCGCCCCCACCUCCCCUGGAGGGACUUUUAGAGCCACCUCCUCUGCCUCAGGCUAACCACCUUGAGGACCAGGUUGGGGUAUCAUCAUUUAAGGCCUUUUGUCUGUCCUGCCCCCUUCCUCCCCCCUCAGCCGGAGGGGUCCUGUCUCAUGCCUGAGAGAGUCCCUCCCGGCAAUCCCGCCACCUUUGUCAGGACAACAUGGACAAAAACCCUACAGCUCUUUCAUGACUGAUGCCUAACCUGUGGGGUUCCGUUUCCCACAGCUCUAGGCCCCUCCCUCACUACCGCACUGGAUCAUGUUAGCAGCUGUCUGUCUAUGGCCUUCAGGCAGCUUCCCUGACACAGAGACCCCUGAACACGGGCCUGUCGUGAGCACCCAGGGAGAGAAAGAGGCAAGAGCUGAGAUUUUUGCUGGUUCAAAAUCAAGGGACUAUUUGGUUUUUAGUGAUUUGGGGAAUUGUGUAAUCAGGUCAUUGAUGAUCCAGGGUGUGGGGGCAAAGCAGGGAGGGAGGGCCUUAAAGUAGCUGAAUCUCACUGAAUCGAAGACACUGUCUGUCAGUUGCCAGAUGCAGGGUUAUUUUCUGAGACAUCCUGAGAGAAAAAAAUAAAGCUGCCAACCACUCUUGCUACCCCACUGGCUGAAUGAGGCACCCUUACUUCCUUACUCCAUGGGGGGGGGUGCCUUAAUGUUGCUGAAAUAUGGAACCUGCCGUAUGCACUCCUCAAAGCUUAUUAACUAACCCCUUAACUGUCUCCUGGGGAGGGGGGUGUACGCGUGCAUGGGAGAUGCCUGGGCUGUCUUUGCUAUGUGUAAAUAGGGUCAUUGGAUCUUUAUUUUUGAUUAACUUGUUGCAGUUUUUUUCUGUUUGUUUUCUAAGGAACUGUAAUGAACAAAUGUCAGGAUACCUAAUGCCAAAUAAAGAUAUUGUAUUUAUUUAG